AUGAACUUGAGUCUGACUGCAGCUGUUUACAUCCUGAUCUUCUCUCAGAACACGGCGAGGUCGAGUCAUCCUGAGUGUUCGAUUGUUUUUCAACUGCAGAAGAAAGAGAACGAGUGUAAAGUGAAGAUGAAGACUGAAUCUGAAGCUUCGCUGCAGAACACAAAUGAAACUGCAGGCUGUGAGACGCAGUGGGACGGGGUGAGCUGCUGGCCGGCGUCCUCUGAGGGACAGACCGUCUCCGUCCUCUGUCCUCUGCUGCUGAAGCCUCAAACUCCUCCAGUUGUGAUCACAAGAAGCUGUACGCUGGGCGGGUGGAGCGAGCUGAGCGAGCCGUAUCAUGAAGCCUGUUUCUCUGAAGCUCCAGAGGAGGACGAGGCCGUGAGCAGAGAGAAAAACUUCUUUGCUACGGUGAAGCUGAUGUACAGCGUGGGCUACGCAGCGUCUCUGGCUGCUCUGCUCCUCGCUGCGCUCAUCUUCUGCUGCUUCAGGAAGCUGCUCUGCACCAGAAACUACAUCCACCUCAACCUGUUCCUGACCUUCAUGCUGCGGAGCGUCGCCGUGUUCGUCAAAGACGCCGUGCUGUUCGCAGAUAAAAGCACCGACCACUGCACCGUGUCCACACUCGUCUGUAAAGCUGCUGUGACCUUCUUCCACUUCUGUGUGCUGUGUAACUUCUGCUGGCUGCUGGUUGAAGCUCUGCACCUGCAGACGCUGCUGCUCUGCAGCUUCACUCACAGCAGAAACAUCUUCUGGGUGUAUGUCGCUGUGGGCUGGGGAGCUCCAGCAGUGACGGUGGUGGUCUGGGCUCUGCUGAAGGCUCGGCUCAACGAUCAGGGGUGUUGGGACGACCUGGACAGCAGCUUGUGGUGGAUCAUAAAGGUUCCCAUCCUGCUCUCCAUCUUCAUAAACUUCCUGAUCUUCCUGAACAUCAGCAGAAUCAUCGUCCAGAAGACAAAAGACACCAGAGUGAACCAGAGAGAGACACACCUGUACAGGACGCUCCUGCGCUCCACUCUGCUCCUCGUCCCUCUCUUUGGGAUCCACUUCAUGGUUUUUGCUCUGAUCCCAGAACACGUCGGUGUCGGAGCUCGACUCUGCUUCGAGUUGGUCUUAGGAUCCUUCCAGGGUUUUAUUGUCGCUCUGCUCUACUGCUUUCUGAACGGAGAGGUGCAGAGAGAGAUCCGCAGGACUCUGAGACGAUUUUGGCCAAAGACAAAAACUAACGACGUCAAUCUGCCAACACAAGAAAUCCUCCCAUGACGUCUAAACACAGAGAAUAUUAUAUGUAGUUUGGUGAUUUUUAGUUUGUGAUGAUGACUUAAAACAGCUGCACAAGUGAACUUUUAAAACUAGUUACUCAGAAAUGUUAUUUCUUUAUCAUGAUAGCUGAAUAAA